AUGUCGAACAGUGUUAAGUUAAACAGUCUAUUUAAAUUAAUAUUUUUAAUAUUUUUGUGCAAUUUGGAAACGAGUGAUUCUCAAACAGUUCGUUUGAAAAACAAUUUCGUACUCAAAGGAACAGUUUUGAAAACUCUGAAAGGGCGCGAAAUUUAUUCCUUCUUGAAGGUUCCCUAUGCGGUUCCUCCUUUGGGCGAAUUGAGGUUCAAGGCUCCCGUGCCCUUAAAAUCGUCCCCGGACAAUCCGGAGGUGUUUUUGGAUUGUACCAAAGAUGCCCCAAUUUGUGCCCAAAGGAACCCUUAUAUAAGGGAAGAAAAAGUGAGCGGACAAGAAGACUGUCUCUAUCUGAGUAUACACACCCCGAAACUAAAAGAUGAAGGUGAAAACGAGAAUCUAUUACCGGUAAUGGUAUUUUUGCACGGAGGCGGUUUCAUGUGCGGUUCCGGUAUAAGUUCCUUCUAUGGACCAGAACAUUUGUUAGACCGGGACGUCGUCCUGGUGGGAGUCAACUACAGAUUAGGUCCUUUAGGCUUUUUGAGCACCGGCGAUUUGAAUUGUCCAGGAAAUAAUGGACUCAAGGACCAGAAUUUGGCUUUAAAAUGGAUCAAGGACAACAUCGCCAAGUUUUCAGGAGAUCCCUCAUCCAUCACUUUGUUUGGUGAAAGUGCAGGCGGUGCAAGUGUCGACUAUCACAUGCUGUCGGAUGUUCCCAAGGGUUUGUUCCACAAAGCGAUCGCCCAAUCUGGGACUUCCUUAUGCCCAUGGGCAGCUCCUCCAGUUCCUGGUGAGCCAGAAACCAGGGCCAAGAUCUUGGCCCAAAAAUUAGGCUGUUGGCACGAUGACUACGAUUGGUCGAGGGCGCUGAGAUGUCUAAGGCAACUUCCUGCCGAGAUAGUUACCAACGUGUUUUACGAAUUCUUUCAAUGGGACACAGAUCCCAUGAUCGCAUUUCCACCAGUUGUGGAACCGGAGCACCCCGAUGCAUUUAUAACGGAACACCCCAGGAAAAUUAUGCUAAACCGCGGCAAAACAUAUUGGGGAGCACAAAUUCCCCUAAUGACAGGCGUCACCAAGGACGAAGGGGCCCUAAAAACAGCAUCCUUGUUCGGAAUUUAUCCUCAUUUAGCAAAAGAAUUGGACGAAAAAUGGAACGAUAUCGCACCAAUUCUGCUGCAAUAUGAAGCGCAACAUCUAAAUGAUGAUGGGUCACAUUCGAAACGUCUGUCACGUGCUAUACGUGACGCUUAUUUACCAAAUGGUGCAUCCGUGUGUGAAGACACCAGGAGAAACGUCACAGAUUUGAUGUCUGACCAUUGGUUCGUGUCUUGUAUGCACGAGACGGUGCGAGCCAGGAGGCGCCUACCGCCAUCUCUUAGAGCUGCCACUUAUGUUUAUCUGUUCGCCUACAGAGGCGCUGCCAGCUUCACCAGGAUUUUUGGCGAUAAGGAAAAGGACUAUGGAGUUUGUCAUGCUGACGAUUUGCAAUACUUGUUCCCAGUUGGAAAAGAUUUAUUCCCUGAAAUUCCUCUGAACGACCAGGACAAGGAAAUGGUACAAAAAAUGAUCGAACUGUGGACCAACUUUGCAAAAGAUGGAGUACCACACUUCGAUGACAAUUCAACCCAACCCCCUUGGCCCGAGCACACUUCCAACAAAUCCUCCCAAGAUGUAUAUUACUACACGAUAGACAAAACCUGCAAAAUAGAGACUGAUCUAUUUACAUCUCGAGCAGACUUCUGGUUAAACCUUCCAAUGCCUUGGAGAGAAGAAAGAAUGCACCAAUAUUUCUCGAAUAAACAAAAAACAAAUAGGGAUGAGUUGUGA